AUGCAGCAGGGACGUGCUCAGAAGCGAGAUGAUGGCAGGAUAAUCAUUCACUUUGAUUAUGAUGCAUUUUACGCAAGUGUGGUCGAAAACGAGAAUCCGGCCUUAAAAAGUGUACCGCUCGCUAUUCAACAGAAGCAGAUCGUGGUCACCUGCAACUACGAAGCUCGUAAAAGAGGUCUCCACAAGCUGCAACUAAUCACUGAAGCUAAGCGAGUCUGUCCUGAUGCUGUUAUCAUUCUGGGAGAAGACCUUACAAGGUUUCGCAAUGCCUCGAAAGAAUUGUGGAAUUUCCUUCGGGAAAGGAUAUGGAGUGACCGAGCUGAGAGACUUGGAUUUGACGAGGUUUGGCUGGAUUGUACUGACAUGAUUGACUACAAUGUUGAACUGCUGAACCUGAACGAUCUGCAGCAUUCUUUUUUCUGCAUGGACAGGAACGAUCCAACAUGUGGCUUCGAGUACGACUCACACCAGGUCUUCGGACCUACCUUCCCUGUCCAUGCAGCAGCCGGUUACGAGCUGAAUGACCAGGAUCGGAUACUGCAUACACGACUCAUACUUGGCUCGCAUUUGGCUAGACACCUUCGGCACGAGCUUGAGUCGCAAAAGAAUUACACAGCAACAGUCGGUAUUGCAACCAACAAGACACUGUCCAAGCUAGUGGGUAACGCGAAUAAGCCAAAGAAUCAGACAGUGCUUAUGCCACCACUGUAUGAUGACGAUGGCAAGGAAGGAGCAAUACAUGCUUUCAUGGAUGCCCACGAUAUUGGAAAGGUUCCAGGUAUCGGUUUCAAGUUAGCACACAAGAUCCGAGCCUUCAUACUGGAUAGAGAACCUGCUCACGAUCAAGGUCUUGUUUAUGGUGGAACCAAAGAAAACAUUACAGUUCGUGAUGUUCGUCUGCAUCCUGCUCUGAAUCCUGAGAAGCUUGAGCAGAUACUCGGAGGUCCGGGGUCGCAGCGAGGCAUUGGUGGCCGUAUCUGGUCACUACUGCAUGGUUACGAUGAUGCUGAGGUAGGCAAAGCCAAGCGCGUUCCUGCCCAGAUCAGCCAAGAGGAUUCUUACAUGAAAUAUCUGCAUAAUUUCGACCAGGUGCGUCACCAGCUGUUCCUUCUGUCAGAGAGACUCAUCCGUCGCAUGCAUAUCGAUCUUAUGGAAGACGAUGACGAUACUGAGGCUGACACAGACACUACGCGACGAAGGUGGCUAGCUCACCCGCGCACUCUUCGCCUAACCACCAGACCAAGGCCACCUCUCAACCCAGAGGGUACGCGCUUGCGAUCGUUCAAUCGCAUCUCACACUCUGCGCCCCUGCCGACCUUCGUUUUCAGUCUGACAGAACCACCAUCCUUGUUGGCUGACAGGCUGGUUGACACUACGCUGACUAACAUGUUUAGAAAGUUACAUCCUGAGAGGAAUGGCUGGAACUUGAGCCUUGUCAAUAUCGCUGUCACCAAUAUGGCAGAGACAGCUGCUGACACCAAAGACAGUGCAGGUAGAGACAUUGGUCGUAUGUUCCAGCGGCAAGAAGAGGUGUUGAAGGACUUCAAAAUCACCGAGCCGGAAAACGUUUCCAGCAUAAAUUUCGAGGCGCAAUGCGAGACCGAUCCGUUGCCACCCCAGGCAAUGCAAGGCUCAGCAGAAUGGAACGAGGACGACGACUGGCAAUCGUCUGGCGACGAGAUCGAGGCUGGUCAAGUUUACGUUUGUCAAUCGUGCGGCCAAGAAAUCCCAACCUUCGCCUAUCCAGCACAUAUGAGAUUUCACGAUAUGGUAGGCAGUCGCCCUCAGGGCCUUUCAGAUGAUUGA